GGGCCCGUGUGGGGGGCGGAAGGUCGUCCCUGUGACCGCCCGGGCGGUUGAAGCAGUUGUCGCCAUGUUGUCGGCCGCCGCUCGCUCGGGCCCCUUCGCGCCCGUCCUGUCCGCCACGUCCCGCGGGGUGGCGGGCGCGCUGCGGCCUCUGGUGCAGGCGGCGGUGCCCGCCUCCUCGGAGCCGCCCGUGCUGGACGCGAAGCGGCCCUUCCUGUGCCGGGAGUCGCUGAGCGGCCGGGCCGUGCGCCGGCCGUUGGUCGCCUCCGUGAGCCUCAAUGUCCCUGCCUCUCUUCGCCACUCCCAUACGGAUGUCAGAGUGCCUGACUUCUCUGACUAUCGGCGCACUGAGGUUCUGGAUGGCACAAAGUCUUCCAAAGAGAGCAGCGAAGCCAGGAAAGGCUUCUCCUACUUGAUAACCGCAACAACUACCGUGGGUGUCGCCUACGCUGCCAAGAAUGUCGUCUCCCAGUUCGUGUCCAGCAUGAGCGCUUCUGCCGACGUGUUGGCCAUGUCCAAAAUUGAGAUCAAGUUGUCCGACAUUCCAGAAGGCAAGAACAUGGCUUUCAAGUGGAGAGGCAAACCCCUGUUUGUGCGCCACAGAACCAAGAAGGAAAUCGACCAGGAAGCUGCAGUCGAAGUGUCCCAGCUGAGGGACCCCCAGCACGAUCUAGAGCGAGUGAAGAAGCCGGAGUGGGUCAUCCUGAUCGGGGUCUGCACUCACCUCGGCUGUGUGCCCAUCGCAAAUGCAGGAGAUUUCGGUGGCUAUUACUGCCCCUGCCAUGGGUCACACUACGACGCGUCUGGCAGGAUCAGGAAGGGGCCCGCCCCGCUCAACCUCGAAGUUCCCUCCUACGAGUUCACCAGCGACGACAUGGUGAUUGUUGGUUAGAGACCUGGGCUCGAGUCACGGGCUUCUUGCAGUCUUCACGUCACCUCAGAAAGUUGUUUGAGAGCAAGCCUUCUGUGCUUCCAGUUGCUUGAUUUGAAAUAUUUAAGAAUUGCUAAUAAUGUAUUUGUAAACAUUAAUGUGAAGUAAAUUGAAUUUAAUGUUGAAUACUUCCAACCAUUCAGUUAAUAAAGCCACUGUUAAACGUUGCUAAGCUCAGUCAUACACUGAAAGGUGCAGUGUCUGAUAGCUAAUUCUAAUUAAAAAUUAGACUGGUGUACAAGA